GCUUACUCUUGAAACUAAUUUCAAUUCCAAUCCAAAGCCAAUCCAAUUCCAAUGCUAAAUUUGAACUCACGACAUUCGGUACUCUUGAAAACAAUAAUGAUAACAUUGGAUUGAAAUCGGAAUUGUCCCGCGAUUGUUUAGUGUAACGUGAAGUUAGCUAUGCAUCGAAACACAAUAGUGUUGUUCGACUUUUUACGAUAAACUUGAGACAGGGCUCUAAAAUCAUAUAUCUUUAAAAAAAUAAGGUUUAAAAAUAAUAAUCAUUCAUAUAAUUAUUUGUUUUCUAUCUCUAACUAGAUUAAUUUAUUUUUAAGGAAGUAAAUAAUUAAAAAAAUAAAUUUACCAUGACUUUGGUUUGCUUUGGAUGUACCUAUACGUUAGCAACACUACUAAAAAAACCCCUCCGUAAAAGUUCUCCACAUAAUUUAAAACGUUCUAAAGUUUUUAGAAGAAAUUACGAACGAGUUUGUUUGCAUUAUUACUUAUUAUAUACCUUGAGAUAUACUUAUUUACUGUUUAAAGUGAAAACGGCCAACUUAGUUACCUUGUAUCAACGUUUAAACAAUUGGUAAGUACCUAAAUGCUCAUAAAUAAAUAUUUCGGCAUUGUUUUGCUAUAGUAUUUGUUUAAGCUGUAUUUGUGAACUUUCAUACUACUUUGGUUGGUCCAUGUACUACCUAUAGAACUAUACCAUUACUUGUAUUUUGUAUGUCUAGGCCUAAUUAAUCAAUGUUUAUCAAUUUCAGUUGCAAUGCCAAGUCGUCCUAGCUACGCCCAAUUAGAAGGUUUAGUGGAGUUUUUAGAACAAAAUCCAGGCGUAGCUAAGGGCUUAGUUCGGACAACCCAAGGCCAAAUAGAAACGAAGAGAAAGUGGGAAAAUUUAGCGACUUCUUUAAAUUCGUUAGGAGGUGCCAAUAAAAACGGCAGGGCUUGGGCGAAGUAUUGGGCUGAGAAGAAGUGCGCUCUACGGAAACAUUGUGCAGGACUCUCAGCCUCAAUGAGACGCACUGGUGGCGGAGCAUCAGACAACUUACCAGCGCUCUCCGCUUUAGAUACUAGAUUGGUGGCAGUAAUGGGUGGGCGAGAAUUUGCAACAGGCGAUACAAGUUUGGCAGUCAACCCAUUUCCUCAAUCGACUAGUCACAGUAGUCAUACAGAGCUACCUAUAAUGAUAGAGAUUGUAGAAACAGGAGAACAAGUAAUGCAAGCUAAUUCUCCUAUUCUUGGCAUGUCACACAUUGAUGCAAUACCAGCUUCAUCCACAAUACCUGCAUCGCCUACCCCACUUGAGAAUUCUAUACCUACUAUACCACCAGCACCACGAACUCGCCGGCGGCGCCGAUCGUCGAUUUCGAGGCCGAUGGAUUCACAAAUGGAGCAGUUCUCAAGUAUCGAAGCACGCAGGGUUGAAGCAGAGCUAAUUACAGCACAAGCAUUGGCUAAAUUGUCAGAAAAUAUUGGCAAUAUAGCUAAUGCUCUGACAUCUAUUGCUAAUGCAAUUUCAGAUGUAGCUAGUAAAAUGCCAAAUCCUUAGCAGUUCUAUUUGAUAUAUUGAUUUAAUGUAGGUCUAAUAAUUAUGAUUUCCUUGUUACAUUGUUGAUUUGUGAU